AUGUCGGUUUCCGCACUUGACUCCCGCAUUUUUCGCGGCCUGUUCGGCACCCAAGAAAUUCGUAGUGUCUUCAGUGACGAAGCCUACGUAGCUCAACUCAUCAACACUGAGGCGUCUCUUGCUCGUGCCGAAUCCGCAGUGGGCGUUAUUCCGGCUCAAGCAGGCAAGGUCAUCACGGAGGCACUAAGCAAGAUCGAGAUCAAUUUUGAGCGACUUUCAAGAGAGACGGAAGUCGUCGGAUAUCCAGUGCUACCGCUCGUGCGGCAGCUAACGGAAAAUGUCCCGGAGGAAAUGGCAAAGUACAUUCACUGGGGUGCUACUACGCAAGACAUUAUGGACAAUGCCUCGAUGCUUCAAAUCCGCAGUGGCCUGAGAAUCGUGUGGAGAGAACUCGACACCUUAGUGAAGGCUCUUGAAUCAUUAGCCGACAAGUAUCGCGAUACACCCAUGACUGGCCGGACGCAUCUUCAACAUGCUUUACCAUGUACAUUUGGGUACAAAUGCGCGAUAUAUCUAUCGAGUAUACUACGGCACCGAGAGCGUCUAACUGAGAUUGAAAGAAGGUGUCUAUUGGUGCAGUUUGGCGGUGCAGCCGGGACAUUGGCCUCCCUAGGAGAUAAGGGAAUCGAGGUCCGCCAGCAACUCGCAAAGGAACUCGACUUAAUCGAUCCAGAUAUUACAUGGCACGUCGCCCGGGAUGCUAUUGCCGAAAUCAUCAACUUUCUGGCUCCAAUUGGAGGCUCACUAGGUAAGAUCGCCUACGAUGUUAUGAUCAUGUCCUCGAACGAGCUUAGCGAAGUCUCGGAACCCUUCAUCCCUUAUCGAGGGGCAUCCUCCACGAUGCCGCAGAAACGCAACCCUAUCUCCAGCGAGAUCGUGCUGGCGACCUCGAAACUCCUACGGGCCAAUGCAGGACUGGGGUUGGACGCGAUGGUAGCAGACUUCGAGCGGGCCACGGGACCAUGGCACUUGGAAUGGGCUGCCCUUCCAGAGUCGUUUGUACUCGCCGUGGGCGCUCUUCACCAAACGAACUUUGCGAUGGCGGGGCUUGUAGUCAACGUGGAUACGAUGUACGGCAACUUGCAAUCGACGCAAGGAUUGAUUGUAGGCGAAGCAGUGAUGAUGGGUUUGGCUCCCAUUCUUGGAAGACAGCUCGCUCAUGAGGUGGUGUACGAGGCAUGUCAGAUUGCCACGGACCAGAAAAAGCCACUGUAUGAUGUGCUCAAGGUACAAGAGGCCAUCUUGGUUACUGGCAUUGAAGACAAGACAAUUGUCAGCCUGUGUGAUCCCUUGAAUUACAUGGGUGCGAGCCAGAAAAUGGUGGAUCGUGUUCGGGAAAAGAUCAGAUGA